AUUCAGUCUUUCAUAUUUUGUUUAUCUUCAUCAUAGUCUUUGCUCCUCUUUCAUUCCUGAAACGAAUUGAGAUAUUCGCUCACUGAGUUCAUUUCUUUUCUCAACAGUUUCAACUUCUUUGCUGAAGCAAGCUUCUUUGGUUUUACUUUCAUUAAUAUUGCAGCAAUCUUGUCUUUCGGAGCUCUUUAAUUUGGUUCAACUUCUUUUAUCAAAAACGGAAAAGGAAAAAAAAAAAAAAAGAGACAUAUUUCCUGGUUUUACUUUGUCACUUCAUUUGAUUGUGCUAUUUGAACUUCAUUUUCUUAUUUUAUUUUUUUAACUUAUUUCCUGAAGAUCCCAAAGAUAAAGAAGCUACUUCACUUUUGCUUGAAUGCUCUGGAUUUCUGCAAGUGUAUUUUCCUUGACUAGAGAGACAUAUAUGAAUUAAAGAAACUGCUUCACUCUUAGCAAGCCAAAUUGAAGAGAUCCGGGCUUCAGUAUCCGGAGGAUCAGAAUCCAUUUCUUUGACGGGUAUAGAGACUGGUUGCAGUGCUCCAAACCUUCUUGGACCAGCUUCUUCAAGACAAAACAGUGUCAUUUAGUUUACGUGCCCCGACCAGUGGAACCGGCAGAAGACAUGGAGAUUCCUACUGCAGUUGCUGGAAAAACUGCCGAGUUUGCAGUUGGACCAGUUAUACGCCAGGGGGGAUAUAUAAUUCAUUGCAAAAGCAACCUUCAUGCACUACAGACUCGAGUGGAUGAACUGAAGGCUACCAGAGGGCGGGUUCAGAAUGAGAUUGAUGCAGCUAAGAGAAGAGGAGAAAACAUCCAUCCUGAUGUCGAGCACUGGACGAAAAAAGUUGAUGAGAACACUGGAAAAGCAGAGGAAUUAUUGAAUGAUGACAGAGCAAAGAUGAAGUGUCUCCUUGGUUUUUGUCCUAAUCUAUUGACCCGUCAUCAGCUAAGCAGGAAAUCAAUAAAGUUGUUGGAGGUAGUUGUUGAGUUGAAUGGAAAAGGAGUUUUUCCCAGUAUUUCAUGUGGUGGUCCUGCUGAAGAGGUAUUUCUCAUGUCUACCAAAGAUUAUGAGGCAUUCGAAUCUAGGGACUUAACUAUAAAGGGGAUUAUACAUGAAUUGAGCAAUCCUGAUACCAACAAGAUUGGGGUGUAUGGUAUUGGAGGGGUGGGGAAGACCACACUGCUGGAAGAAGUUAUUAGGCGAGUUAUGGAAGAUAAACUAUUUGAUGAUGUGGUUAUGGUUCGAGAUGUGAAAGAAAAUCCAGACAUUGGAAGAAUUCAAAAAGAAAUUGCUGAAAAGCUAGAUAUGGAUUCCAAUGCUCUGGAAAGUCGAUCUAUAGCUGACAAAGCACGUCGGAUUUGUGGUAGGAUAUCAAACAAGAAUACUCUGAUAGUUUUGGAUGAUAUUUGGAGUUAUGUUGAGUUGAAAGCCGUGGGGCUUCCCGAUGUGUCAACUUGUAAAGUAUUGCUGACUUCUAGAAUACAAGAAGUAUUAUCCAGUAAGAUGGGUACACAGAAAAAUUUUCAGCUUGUCAACUUGGAGGAAAACGAAUGUUGGCAGUUAUUCGAAAGCAAGGCCGGUGAAGUUGUUAAAGAUCAACGUAUUCGAACUAUAGCAGCCCAAGUAGCCAAUAGAUGUGGUGGUUUGCCAAUUUUAGUUGUCACCGUUGCAAGUGCUUUGAAAGAAAGUACUCUACCCGAGUGGAGAAAUGCUCUCAAACGCCUUAAAAAGUUUGAGAAGGAAGGAUCGGCGGAACAAGCAUUCUUGGCUCUAGAGUGGAGUUAUGAUCGAUUGGAUGAUGAGGGGCUGAAGCCGUUGUUCUUGCUAUGCGGUGUUAUUGCACGGAAUAACUCCAUCUGGCUUGAGGACUUGUUGAAACUUGCAAUGGGGUUGGGUUUGCUUAAAAACGUUGAUACAGUGGAAGAAGCACGAGAUUUGUUGCUUUCACUGGUUAAAAAGCUGAAAGGUUUUUGUCUUUUGCUAGACACUAAUAGUGACACAGCUGUCAGAAUGCAUGAUCUUGUAAUUGAUGUGGCUGAUAAUAUUGCAUCUAGGGACGGACGAUUCUUAUCAGUAGCAUGCGGAGCUGAGUUGAAAAAUUGGACAGAUGAGGUUUUAUUUGGAAAGUGCAGCAAGAUCUCAAUUAAAUCCAGUAGUCUCCCAAAACUUUCUGAAGCUUUACAAUGCCAGAAAUUAGAAAUGUUCCAUUUGCGUUGUGAAGACGAGCACCAACUCCAAGUCCCAAACAGUUUUUUUGCAAACAUGGAAAAACUCAAAGUGUUGAGUUUAAUAAAUGUGAAGAAUCUUGCAUGUCUUGGGUUCUUGAAGAAUCUUCAGGCUUUGUGUUUAGAUCGAUGCGAGAUGGAAGACAUAGCUGUAGUUGGAGAGCUAAGGAAAUUAGAAAUUCUCAGCUUGGGAUACACCAAUAUAAAACAACUGCCUAAAGAAAUUGGAGAAUUGACUUGUCUACGAUUGUUGGAUUUGACCAGUUGCUUUUUCCUUCAAGUGAUUGCACCUAAUGUUUUAUCAAGGUUGACAAGACUAGAAGACUUGAGAGUGAGAAACAGCUCUAUCAAAUGGGAGGCUGAACAGGAAGGUGAAAGAAGUAACGCUAGUCUCUCGGAGCUGAAGCACUUGUCUCUACUAACUGCAUUGGAAAUAAACAUUUCAAAUCCUGGUAUGCUUCCAAAGGACUUGUUCUCCGAUAAAUUAGAAAGAUUCUAUAUACGUAUUGGCGAUCACUAUUCGGAAGGAAGGAGCAUGAAUACGUUGAAACUCCAGUUCACUACUGGCGACGAAUUGGACCAAGGUCUAAAGAUGUUGGUGAAGGGAUCUGAAUAUCUGACUUUACAAGGGGGAGCGAAUGUUAAUGAAAUUGCCUAUCGAUUAGAAGGCGACAAUUUUCGGCAAUUAAAGCAUCUUCAACUCAGGAAUCUAGAUACUACAUACAUCAUUAACUCGAAGGAUGUGAUUUCCAGUUUAACAACCUUGGAAGUAACUGACUGUGAUGGUAUAAAAUUCUUGUUCUCGUCUUCAAUGGCCAGAAGUCUAGUUCAACUCAGAACUCUCAAUAUAAGUGGAUGUACAAACAUGGUGGAAAUAGUAUCCACACAAGAAAACGACAAAGAAAAUAAUAUAGUUAACAUGUUCUCUAAACUAGAAUCUCUGACACUAGAAGAGCUUCCAAGCUUGGUUAGAUUCUGCUUAGGAAGUUAUGCUGAAUUUUCAGCAUUAGAGGAGGUACUCAUAUCUAAUGGUCAGGGUAAAAGUACUACAAUUACGAAAGAAAUUGAAGAUGGAGACUCGAAGGAUCACCUAGGUGUUGACAAUGCUGUACGUUACUUUCUUUUUGAUGAAAAGGUAACAUUUCCUAGCUUGGAGAUAUUACGUCUCGAAAAGCUACCUAAGUUGGAGGCAGUAUGGCAAAACCAACUUGCUCCAGACUCUUUCUGCAGGAUUAGAGAAGUUAGAGUUGACAGUUGCCCCAGUUUAAUAAAUCUCUUUGUGCCUUUUAUCACGGAAAGAUUAGAUGUUCUAAAAACCUUGAUGGUGUGGUCCUGCCCGUCACUAGAAGUGGUAUUCAAAUGCGGAGGACUAAAAUUUAAAGAAACACAUAACCCAUCAACCAAAGAGUUGAAAACUUUCAACUGCUGUCCCAAUCUAGAAUAUUUUGACAUACGACACUCUGACAAACUGAAAUACAUUUUUCAGAAGGAAGAGAGGCUGGAAACAGCGCGAGAGUUUGUGUUCCCAAAAGUAACAGAAUUGCAGCUUUGCAACCUGCCCCAAUUCAAGAGCAUCUAUCCAGGGACGCAUGUUUCACAGUGGUCUUCACUCCAAGAGCUGGAUGUGGAUGAAUGUGGUGAAGUAAAGAUUAUAGCCGGGGAACUUUCAGUCUCUCAAGAAAAACAAGAGUCUGCCUCUCACUCUAAUCCAAUCGAACAACCUCUCAUUUUAAUUGAGAAGGUUGUGUUUUCCAGUUUAACAACCUUGAAUGUGGCUGAAUGUCAUGGUAUAAAAUUCUUGUUCUCGUCUUCAAUGGCCAAAAGUCUAGUUCAACUCAAAACUCUCGAGAUACGUAAUUGUAGAAGCAUGGUGGUGAUAGUAUCCACACAAGAAGACGACGAAGAAAACAAUAUAGUUAACAUGUUUUCUAGACUAGAAUCUUUGACACUAAAAGAGCUUCCAAACUUGGUUGGAUUCUACUCAAGAAGUUAUGCUGGAUUUUCAUCAUUAGAGGAGGCACUCAUAUCUAAUGGUCAGAGUAAAAGUACUACAAUUACGAAAGAAAUUGAAGAUGGAGACUCGAAGGAUCACCUAGGUGUUGACAAUGCUGUACGUUACCUUCUUUUUGAUGAAAAGGUAACAUUUCCUAGCUUGGAGAUAUUACGGUUCGAAAAGCUACCUAAGUUGGAGGCAGUAUGGCAAAACCAACUUGCUCCAGACUCUUUUUGCAGGAUUAGAGAAGUUAGAGUUGACAGUUGCCCCAGUUUAAUAAAUCUCUUUGUACCUUUUAUCACGGAAAGAUUAGAUGCUCUAAAAACCUUGAGGGUGUCGUCCUGCCCGUCACUAGAAGUGGUAUUCAAAUGCGGAGGACUAAAAUUUAAAGAAACACAUGACCCAUCAACCAAAGAGUUGAAAAAUUUCAACUGCUGUCCCAAUCUAGAAUAUUUUAGCAUACAACGCUCUGAUAAAUUGAAAUACAUUUGUCAGACAGAAGAGAGGCUGGAAAUGGUGCCAAAGUUUGUGUUUCCAAAAGUAACAGAAUUGCAGCUUUGCAACCUGCCCCAGUUCAAGAGCAUCUAUCCAGGGACGCAUGUUUCACAGUGGCCUUCACUCCAAAAGCUGAAUGUGGAUGAAUGUGGUGAAGUAAAGAUUAUAGCCGGGGAGCUUUCAGUCUAUCAAGAAAAACAAGAGUUUGCCUCUCACUCUAAUCCAAUCGAACAACCUCUCAUUUUAAUUGAGAAGUUUGUGUUUUCCAGUUUAACAACCUUGGAAGUGACUGACUGUGAUGGUAUAAAAUUCUUGUUCUCGUCUUCAAUGGCCAGAAGUCUAAUUCAACUCAAAACUCUCACCAUAAGUCGAUGUAGAAGCAUGGUGGUGAUAGUAUCCACACAAGAAGACGACGAAGAAAACAAUAUAGUUAACAUGUUCUCUAAACUAGAAUCUCUGACAUUAAGAGAGCUUCCAAGCUUGGUUGGAUUCUGCUCAGGAAGUUAUGUUGGAUUUUCAUCAUUAGAGGAGGCACUCAUAUCUAAUGGUCAGAGUAAAAGUACUACAAUCACGAAAGAAAUUGAAGAUGGAGACUCGAAGGAUCACCUAGGUGUUGACAAUGUUGUACAUUACUUUCUUUUUGAUGAAAAGGUAACAUUUCCUAGCUUGGAGAUAUUACGGCUCGCAAAGCUACCUAAGUUGGAGGUAGUAUGGCAAAACCAACUUGCUCCAGACUCUUUUUCGAGACUUAAAGAUGUUGAAGUUUGGAAAUGCAGCAGUUUAAUAAAUCUCUUUGUGCCUUUUAUCACGGAAAGAUUAGAUGCUCUAAAAACCUUGAGUGUGUCGUCCUGCCCGUCACUAGAAGUGGUAUUCAAAUGCGGAGGACUAAAAUUUAAAGAAACACAUGACCCAUCAACCAAAGAGUUGAAAACUUUCAACUGCUGUCCCAAUCUAGAAUAUUUUAGCAUACAACGCUCUGAUAAAUUGAAAUACAUUUUUCAGACAGAAGAGCAGCUGGAAAUGGUGCCAAAGUUUGUGUUUCCAAAAGUAACAGAAUUGCAGCUUUGCAACAUGCCCCAAUUCAGGAGCAUCUAUCCAGGGACGCAUGUUUCACAGUGGUCUUCACUCCAAAAGCUGAAUGUGGAUGAAUGUGGUGAAGUAAAGAUUAUAGCCGGGGAACUUUCAGUCUAUCAAGAAAAACAAGAGUCUGCCUCUCACUCUAAUCCAAUCGAACAACCUCUCAUUUUAAUUGAGAAGGGUUCAUCACUCUUUCCCAGCUUGGAAACUUUGACCUUGGGGGCCAUGGAGAUGUGGAGUGGUCCACCCCCAGCACAGGUCUGUAGCAAAGUGAAAUUGGUUGAAGUUCGUGGCGCAACCUUCUGCAAGCACGCUGCUUUUCUUCAGGGAUUACACAAUCUUGAAAAACUUAUUGUGAUGGACAUGGGAGACAAGGAUCCUUGCAGAGAAAUAUUUGUGGAUGCAGGAAAUGGUGGAGGGGAAAUUCAAGUAAAGAAAUUGACGAUCAGUGAUAUGGAUGAACUUAUGCAUAUCGGGAAGGAGAGCUCUCAAUCAGCAGUUCCGGUUUUCCCAAAAUUGGAGAAACUCUGGGUUUGGUGGUGUUCCAGAUUAAAGAAUCUAGAUUCAUCCACAAUAUCCUUCCAGAAUCUGACAUCGUUGACUGUAGACCAUCUUGAUGGACUGAAAUAUUUAGUAUCUCAUCGGAUUGCUAGAAGUUUAAUGCAACUCACAAGAUUGAAAAUCAGAUAUUGUAAAAUAAUGGAAGUAAUAGUGGCAACUGAGGAAGAUGUUGAUGAGCUUGCUUUCAGCCAGUUGAAACAUUUACAACUCAGUGGUGUACCACAUCUCCGAGGCUUGUGCUCGGGAAAUUGCAUUCUCAAGUUCCCUUCAUUAGAAACUUUAAGCAUAAGCAGGCGCCUCAAAUCGAAGCUUUUCUCCCACGAUGAAUUCCGAUGCAAGAUAGAUGACGACACUUACGACACAGAUGUUGAGGAUGCUCCUGCUGAUGAUGAGGAUGGUGGUGACGACAAUGAGGUUAAUGAUGAUGGUCAUGGUAAUGACAAGAAGGAUGACGAAGAUAGUGCUUGUGAUGCGUGAACCCAAUCCAAAUCGCUCUUGCUCUCUACUCGAAUCUACAAAUUUCUCUCGCCCUCCUCACAUAGAAAUCCAAAACCAAAGAGAUAGAGAUACAUUUCCUGCUCAAAAUCUAAAACUUGCUGCUGCUCAGUUUAUUGUUUUGAGAUCGAUCGACUUUGGUCCAAUCUUCUUCAUUUGCUUCGGAGAUCAACAUGGGAUCAAACCCACACUCGAUUACGGAAUUCAUCAGUUGAGAGAUUCAAUCGACCAGUUGAGGAAUAUGAUGAUUAUGAGUCCGAGGGGGAUGGAUAUGGGUAUGAGGAGGAAGGAGAUGAGUAUGAAGAUGAAGAGGAAGAGGAAGAAGAAGAAGCUCCAACAAAAACUAAUGAACUAAAGAUGAUUCUAGAUCACAGACAAACAGUGUUCAAAAGGGAUUAAGUUUGUGAUUACACUUUUGCCCUGAAUCCUUCGGUAUAUAACUGAUAUCUCCAUCACUUUUUCACUUCAAGAAGUCUCCAGCAAUAUAAACGCCAACUGUUAGGCAAUUUCAAGCUUAUCCAUCACAAUCAGUCUCAACAAAAGCUUGCUUCGAAUUUCAGGCUCUGUUACUAAUCUAGUAAAACAAGACGGAUGAAGAAGCUGUUGAUAUUUCCGAGGAAGCAAUCAAGCAAAAAGAAGAAGAUAAAGUGCUUUUGAAGAUAGAAGACAGCUCCAAGAAUGAAAAGCCGAAAUCUUCUUCUCAACCUGAACAUCAUCAUCAUGAAGCACCUGUGAAUGGAGAAGGUGACAAUCACGAGUUCGUCAAGAUCCUCACUACCUCAAUUGCCGUUUUAAUCAGCUGCGUCGUUGUUUUUGUGUGGCGGCGAUCAAGUGCUCAGAAGCCCAGGGUUGUCCAACCUCUUAAGCCGUUGAUCAUCACGGAGCCUGAGCCGGAGCUUGACGAUGGAAGUAAGAAGGUCACAAUCUUCUUCGGCACGCAAAUCGGUACUGCUGAAUGCAGAUAUGGUGAUGGUGAGCUGACGGAUAAUGCUGCUAGAUUUUACAAGUGGUUUACAGAGGAUAAAGAGAAAGAAGCAUGGCUUCAAAAUAUUCAAUGCGGAGUAUUUGGUCUUGGGAAUAGGCAAUAUGAACAUUUCAAUAAGGUGGCCGUGGUUGUGGAUGAGAUCCUCGCUGUUCAAGGUUGGAGCUGUUGUUGGAUUUGACCGAUAUGUCAACUACUUCAAAAUUGAGUACUCUGCAUUGGCCCCUCUUUAUUAUCAAGGUGCAGCAGUGCCAGUCAUUGUAUAUAAUAUAACAAGCCCAGACUCUUUCAACAAAGAACAGUGUUGGAUCAAGUGAAUGUGUUUGGUUCAGGGUCUCCCUGCUGAGUUGGCUCAUAAUAAGAGACUCGAGAAUCUGGAUUUGGGGAAUAAUGUGAUCACAAGAUGAUCAGAUCUGAAGGUAGGUACUUGAAUUGUGUUUUCAUAUCUAAACGAUUUUCAUUUUAUGAGAGCAUUUCAUCUUCCGCGAAUUUGGCAAGGACGAUGGGUUCCAUCUAGAAGUUGCUGAUAAAAUUCUCAUAAGGUAGCACCUGUUUCAUGAUUUGGUCUGAAUAAUUGGUGGAUGAAGAUGGCUGCCCAGCAAUAAAAAUCUGGUCCUAACCAUGUUUCUGGCUUGCAAGCUGCGGCCUCACCCCAGAGGGCGUACCUGAGCAUGCACUUGUCUGUCCAAGUAGGGAUGUUCAAGAUUGUGCACCGACUGUGUUGGGCCGGGUAUGGCAUCCGCACCAAGUCAAAUAACGCACGUUUCAUUUGUUUAUAUCUGCAUCGCCUCAAGCCCUCAUUCCGAAUUUUUCGUUAUGGAAUUGUGUUAUCAUUCGUGUAAGAGUGCUUUGAAUUAUAACAACAACAGCAGCAACAAGAAGAAGAAGAAGAAGAAGAAGCAGGGAGAGUUACAAGUUGAGAGAAUGGAUGUACUCUGAAAGUUAUGUAUUAAGUAUAGGCUUGUGAGAAUAGAGCUAGAUUAUUCCAAAUGUGAGAAGAACAAAAACGCUAUUCAAAUUGUAAUUUUCUUCUUAUUUAGUGAUUCAUUAUCACUUACUGUCGUGUAUGUAGACAAGAUUUUGUUGAACCUCGUUAAAAGAUUUCAUGUAUUUGAUUCGAUAUUGAUCGGUUCAUAAA